AUGAAGAUUUUCGUGAAGACUCUCAAGGGUAUCACCUUCGACGCCGAAGUAAAACUCGAGGAUACGGAUUUAGUGAAAUAUUUCCCUCGAUUGAUAUGGCUUUUUAGUUCCAAUCAUUGUUUUGUUUGGCAAGUUGCAGAUGUGAAGAAAACCAUAGAGGGAACCACAGAGAGUAAAGAGGGAGCAGAUAAAUAUCCGGCCGCACAGCAAAUGCUUAUCUACCAAGGGAAAGUUCUGAAAGAUGACAGUACACUGGAAGAAAAUAAAGUUGCUGAAGGCAGUUUUGUUGUUGUUAUGCUGAGCAAGAACAAAGGACCUACAGGUGAAGGCUCAACAACGGCAAACGCACCUAAGAUAUAUGAGAAAUUGGCUCACCUUGUUGAAGUUAAAAGUUCUUUUGAUUUUGCCCUGAGAUGGAAAUACAUUUCCUUUUUAUGGAAACAGAUAUUUUCUGGCAUGCAUAGUAAUGUGAACCAUUGUAUGCUUCAGACGUUCUGUUUCUUUGUUUUCUCAUUGUGA